GCUGGGAAGUGGCGGAUCCGGUUUGGUCAGGGAGUCUGGAAGGGUGGGGAGGGGACGUGAAGAGGCCGGAGGGCUGCCUGGCUGCGACAGCAUGGUGGCUACGGACAAGGAGCAGAGCUGGAUCCCUAAGAUUUUCAGAAAGAAGAUCUGCACGACAUUCAUAGUUGACCUCGAAGAUCCCGGAGGGAGCGUGUGCCAGUGCGGCCGCCCGCGGAGCGCCCAUCCGGCCGUGGCUGUGGAGGAUGCCUUCGGGGCAGCCGUGGUGACCGCGUGGGACGGGGACGUGCACACCACCGAGAAGCCCACUGACGCCUAUGGGGACCUGGACUUCUCGGGCUCGGGUCGCAGGCCCAGCAAUUUCCUCCGGCUCUCUGACCGCACAGAUCCAGCGACGGUCUAUAGUCUGGUCACGCGCACGUGGGGCUUUCGUGCCCCGAACCUGGUGGUGUCAGUGCUGGGGGGGUCGGGGGGCCCUGUCCUCCAGACCUGGCUGCAAGACCUGCUGCGGCGUGGGCUGGUGCGGGCCGCCCAGAGCACAGGGGCCUGGAUAGUCACGGGAGGGCUGCACACGGGCAUCGGACGGCAUGUAGGUGUGGCUGUGAGGGACCACCAGACGGCCAGCACCGGGGGCAGCAAGGUGGUGGCCAUGGGGGUGGCCCCAUGGGGCGUGGUCAGGAACAGAGACACCUUGGUCAACCCCAAGGGCUCCUUCCCCGCACGGUACCGAUGGCGUGGUGACCCCGAGGAUGGGGUGGAGUUCCCGCUGGACUACAACUACGCGGCCUUCUUCCUGGUGGACGAUGGCACCCACGGCAGGCUGGGCGGUGAGAACCGCUUCCGCCUGCGCUUCGAGUCCUACGUGGCGCAGCAGAAGACGGGCGUGGGGGGGACUGGAAUUGAUAUCCCGGUCCUCCUCCUCCUGAUCGAUGGUGAUGAAAAGAUGCUGAAGCGGAUAGAGGAUGCCACCCAGGCUCAGCUCCCCUGCCUUCUGGUGGCAGGCUCUGGGGGUGCUGCAGACUGCUUGGCAGAGAUCCUAGAAGACACUCUGGCCCCUGGAAGUGGGGUAACCAGGAGAGGAGAAGCCCGGGAUCGGAUUAGGCGUUUCUUCCCCAAAGGGGACCCUGAGGUCCUGCAGGCCCAGGUGGAACGGAUCAUGACCCGGAAGGAGUUGCUGACAGUCUAUUCAUCUGAGGAUGGCGCCGAGGAGUUUGAGACCAUUGUGUUGAGGGCCCUGGUAAAAGCCUGCAGGAGCUCUGAGGCCUCGGCUUACCUGGAUGAGCUGCGGUUGGCUGUGGCUUGGAACCGUGUGGAUAUUGCCCAGAGUGAACUCUUCCGGGGGGACAUCCAGUGGCGGUCCUUCCACCUGGAGGCUUCUCUCAUGGACGCCCUGCUGAAUGACAGGCCUGAGUUUGUUCGCUUGCUCAUCUCCCAUGGCCUCAGCCUGGGCCACUUCCUGACCCCGCUGCGCCUGGCCCAGCUGUACAGCGCGGUGCCCCCCAACUCACUCAUCCGCAGUCUUCUGGACCAGGCUUCCCAUGGUGUGGGUACCAAAGCCCCACCAAUAAAAGACAGGGUAGAGGAGCCUCGGCUUCCUAACGUGGGGCAAGUGCUGAGGACACUUCUGGGGGAGACAUGUGCGCCGAGAUAUCCGGCCAGGGACACCCAGGACCCCCACCCAGGCCAGGGAUACAGGGAAAGCGAGUGUCUGCUUUCAGACUGGACCAACUCCCAGCCCUCUCUAGACUCGGACUUUGUGCAGGCCCCCUGGAGCGAUCUGUUCCUUUGGGCUGUCCUGCUGAACAGAGCCCAGAUGGCCUUGUACUUCUGGGAGAAGGGCUCCAACUCUGUGGCCUCCGCUCUUGGGGCCUGUUUGCUGCUCCGAGUGAUGGCCCGCCUGGAACCAGAGGCUGAGGAGGCAGCACGGAGGAAAGACCUGGCAACCAAGUUCGAGGGCAUGAGUGUUGACCUCUUCAGUGAGUGCUACCACAACAGUGAGAGACGGGCGGCCCGCCUGCUCCUCCGUCGCUGCCCCCUCUGGGGGGAUGCCACCUGCCUCCAGCUUGCCAUGCAGGCUGAUGCCCGUGCCUUCUUUGCCCAGGAUGGGGUGCAGUCUCUGCUGACACAGAAGUGGUGGGGAGAGAUGGACAGCACCACACCAAUCUGGGCCCUGGUUCUCACCUUCUUUUGUCCUCCAUUCAUUUACACCAACCUCAUCACCUUCAGGAAAUCAGAAGAGGAACCCCUACAGAAGGACCCUGACUUUGACAUGGAUAGGGGUGUUAAUGGGGAAGGGCCGGCUGGGCCCCUGAACCCUCCUGAGAAGGUGCCCCGCAGGAGGUCCCAGCAGCCAGGUUGCUGCCCCCGACGUGGGUGUCUGUGUCGCUGGUCCUACUUCUGGGGGGCGCCUGUGACAGCCUUCCUGGGCAACGUGGUCAGCUACCUGCUGUUCCUGCUGCUGUUUGCACGCGUCCUCCUCAUCGACUUCCAUCCUGGGGCACCAGGGCUGCUGGAGCUGCUGCUCUACUUCUGGGCCUUCACGCUGCUCUGCGAGGAGCUGCGCCAGGGCCUGGGGGGCGGCUGGGGCAGCCUGGCCAGUGGGGGUCCCGGGCCAGGCCAGGCCCCCCUGCGCCACCGCCUACAUCUCUACCUCUCUGAUACCUGGAACCAAUGUGACCUGCUGGCGCUCACCUGCUUCCUUCUGGGUGUGGGCUGCAGACUGACCCCGGGCCUGUACGAUCUGGGCCGCACUGUGCUCUGCCUGGACUUCAUGAUCUUCACACUGCGGCUGCUGCACAUCUUCACUGUCAACAAGCAGCUGGGACCCAAGAUCGUCAUCGUGAGCAAGAUGAUGAAGGAUGUGUUCUUCUUCCUCUUCUUCCUCGGAGUGUGGCUGGUUGCCUACGGGGUGGCCACAGAGGGGCUCUUGAGACCCCGGGACCGAGAUCUCCCCAACAUCCUGCGCCGGGUCUUCUACCGGCCCUACCUGCAGAUCUUUGGGCAGAUCCCCCAGGAGGACAUGGACGUGGCGCUCAUGGAGCACGUGAACUGCUCCUCGGAGCUCGGGGCCUGGGCGCGCCCGCCGGGCGGCGCGCACGCGGGCUCCUGCGUGUCCCUGUACGCCAACUGGCUGGUGGUGUUGCUGCUCAUCAUCUUCCUGCUCGUGGCCAACAUCCUGCUGCUCAACUUGCUCAUCGCCAUGUUCAGCUACACUUUUGGCAAAGUCCAAGGAAAUAGCGACCUCUACUGGAAGGCCCAGCGCUACAGCCUUAUCCGGGAAUUUCACUCUCGGCCUGCUCUGGCCCCGCCCCUCAUCGUCAUUUCGCACGUGCGCCUCCUCCUCAGGAGACUGCGCAGGCGCCGUCGGGCCCUGCCAGCCUCCCCAGUGGUGGAGCACUUCCGUGUCUACUUGUCGAAGGAAGCGGAGCGCAGGCUGCUGACGUGGGAAGCAGUGCACAAGGAGAAUUUCCUGCUGGCCCAGGCCAGAGACAAGCGAGACAGCGACUCUGAGCGCCUGAAGCGCGCGUCUCAGAAGGUGGACAUGGCGCUGAAGCAGCUGGGACAGAUCCGGGAGUACGAAAGGCGGCUGAAAGGGCUGGAGCGGGAGGUCCAACACUGCACUCGCGUUCUGGAUUGGGUGGCUGAGGCCCUGAGCCGCUCUGCCUUGCUUCCUCCAGGGGGGCCGCCACCCCCCUCUCCACCUGAACCUAGAGACUGAGUGCUGCUGGCAGACUUCAAGGAGUACCCCCCCCCAGCCGGGGGGCGCGGCUUGCUCCUAGCUGGGUUCCUGGUGGUCCCCAUCCGCACACUCGGAGGCCUUGGUCUCCAUCUGGGCCUGUGCUCUCCAACUACAUCGACUUCAUAGGCGCCAGAACCAGCCCAGCUCCCUCCCAGAA